GUACGCGCACACCCCCGCGUAUACGUCACCACUCAUCCGCUCGUAAAGCGCUUCUCCUGUCUUUGCGCUGCACUUGCCUGUACUCGCUCCCCACUCCCCCGGUCCGACGUCUCCCUAACAAUGGAGCAGGCGAUGCUGUGAAGAAGAGACGGUUUGACAAACAAGCAGGCCAGCACGCGCACUAUGAUGUCCUCUUACUACCAUCCAGCCAAGGAUACAGACAUGGCGGCCAUGGCUGAACCGCUCUGCUUAGAAAGAGAUGUGUCUCGGGUGAUUGAGCUGUUGGACCGACUCCAGCGCAGAGGUGAAUUGCCUCCUCCCAAAUUACAGGCCCUGCAAAGAGUGCUGCAAAGCAAAUUUUGCGCUGCUAUCAGAGAGGUGUACGAGCAGCUGUAUGACACUCUCGACAUUGUCGGAGGACCAGAGGUGCGAGCGCAGGCGACAGCCAAGGCCACCGUGGCAGCGUUUGCUGCCAGCGAGGGCCACGCUCAUCCACGGGUGGUGGAGCUGCCCAAGACAGACGAGGGUUUGGGUUUCAAUAUCAUGGGGGGCAAAGAGCAGAACUCCCCCAUCUACAUCUCCAGAGUGAUACCCGCCGGGGUGGCUGAUCGUCAGGGGGGCCUGAAGAGAGGAGACCAGCUGCUAUCUGUCAAUGGCGUGACUGUGGAGGGGGAGCACCAUGAGAAGGCUGUGGAGCUGUUGAAGGCCGCCCAGGGCUCUGUCAAGCUGGUGGUGCGUUACACCCCAAAGGUCCUUGAGGAAAUGGAAGCUCGCUUUGAGAAAAUGAGGACUGCCCGAAGACGACAACAACAUACAAGCUACACUUCUCUGGAGUCCAGAGGCUAGGUCGUCCAACAUCUCGGUCACAUCAUCACCCAUCCUACCUGACUCACGUGUCCCACUUGGAGGCAUGACUAGAGAUGACAAGUAGUAAACCAAAGUAGCCUACUAACGCCUGCUACCUGAAAUGAAGCCAAACAUUGCCGUUUGGGUUUAUCCUUUCCCUCCUUUUGCCUAUUUCUUAGAAAAAUGCAGUGAUGGCUUGUAGCGGUGUAAAAUCUUCUCCAACAACAUAAAUGUAAUGUACUAUACAUGCUACGUGACUUGACUAGAUCAGAUUUGUGCAUCCGUCCAGUAUGUGGUCCAUUGUGUGAAGUUUGAGGAAGUGUGUGUUUAAAAAAAAAAA